AUGAUUGCCCUAACAAACUUCCAAACGGCUAGAGCUCUAGCUAGGAAGGUAAUAACCGAAGCCAAGCAAAACAGUUGGAUGGAAUUUCUUGAUUGCAUCAACAUUCAACGAUUGCAUCAAAUGAGUAUUACUUCGACAUCUGAACUUUGGAACAAGGUCAACUUACUUAGUGGCAAGAAAGCUUCAAACUGCUAUUCCCUCGAGAUUAAUGGCACCUUCACCGAAGAUCCAGGCAUCAUAGCCGACCUUCUAGCCGACCAUCUAGCCGACCACUUCGCCACUAUUUCAGCCACCUCCAACUACACUAACGAAUUCAAGGCUAUUAAGGCGGAGGCGGAACUUAAAGUGUUUCCUCCUGCUUCGGAACAGUCGGUUCUAGAGGUUAUCCCUAAAAACACCGAGGUACUGGCCUAUGCAGACGAUCUACUGCUGAUGGCAAGAAAUGCUUUCCCAGAAAUCGCCCGCAGAAGACUGCAGGAAGGAAUCUCGGCUGUUAGUAACUGGGCAAAUUCCAUCGGGUUUAAAUUUUCGGCAGAGAAGUCCAAUAUAAUGCACUGCUGCAAAUAUGGGUCUUUUGAUGGAAACCUAACAGGGUUUGGAGUUUUUGCCAAUAACACGGAGCUAAAAUUCCAACUGCCUUCCAUAUGUUCGGUAUACUCCGCCGAAAUUGCCGCUCUCCUUGUCGCGACAUCACUCUGUGAUAACGACAGUAAAGUGGUGAUCUUCUCAGAUUCCUAUAGUGCAUUACGGGCGCUACAAAGUGGCGAUAGUAAACGCCCUUGGAUACCCAUUGAGGAAAAAAUUACAGGGAAGGACAUCACUUUCUGCUGGGUCCCAGGGCACUGCGGAAUCCAGGGUAAUGAACAGGCUGAUCGUCUCGCCAAGGAGGGUAGGCUCUCCGAACUAUGGACCACCUCCCACCCAGCAAAUGACACCAUCAGAUGGGUCAGUUAA